GGGAGUGGCCCUAGAAAAGGCAAAAAGACAAAAAAACAAAAACAAAAACAAACAAACAAAAAAAAAACAGAGAGAGAGAAUCUAUUUGAAUUCCAUAGCAUUCUGUUUUCCUAUAGAGAAUCAAGAUGCCUUAGAAAAGCCUUAGACCAGAUGCCUUUCCCAGGCCCUUCCCUCCCUAGCCUCUUUAUUAAAGCACACAUCUCAUCCACCGUUCUUUACCUCCCACGAAUGGUGGGCAGGUUUUGAAUCAAAGUAAUUGAAGUGAAAGAUCAAUCUUGUCAGCUGAUUACAUAAAAGGCAUUGAGUGUGUGCAAAUGUGUGUGUGUGCUCGAGUGCGUGUGUGUUUGAGAACCUCCGUAUGGGAAAAAGUGGGAGGAAAUAGGUGGGCUGAAGAGGAGGAAGGGGAGAAGUGCCAGCUCUGUGGCUGUGUUUCAAAUAGAAAUACUUGAUUUUAGUCCAGAGAAGAGAGCAGCUUGGUUAUUUUAAAUGCAUUUUUUUUUUUUUUUUUGUAAAGAGUGCCCUUGUCAUUUUCACUUACACCCAUGGGUGUGGGCUUUCCUCUCUUCCUCAAAGCAAAAUGGUGAAAGUGGGGAGGAGGAGAAGUCUUCCUGAAAAUUAGUUGCUGAUUCAAUCUCACGGAGUUUAUUCCACCUCUUCAAGGCACCAGUCAGAAGUCUGGCAUCCAUGGGAUGGUGAGAAAAUGGAAUCUUGGAAAAUCAGGACUCAGAGUUUCUUGCUUGGGUCUGGGAACAUGGGUGACAUUUGGAGGUCAGAUUUCAGAUGAGGUUGCCGAACGGCUGAUGACAAUUGCUUAUGAGAGCGGAGUGAAUCUCUUUGAUACAGCCGAGGUCUAUGCUGCUGGAAAGGCUGAAGUGAUUCUGGGGAGCAUCAUCAAGAAGAAAGGUUGGAGGAGGUCCAGCCUGGUCAUAACAACCAAACUCUACUGGGGUGGAAAAGCUGAAACAGAAAGAGGGUUGUCAAGAAAACAUAUUAUUGAAGGAUUGAAGGGCUCCCUCCAGAGGCUGCAGCUUGAGUAUGUGGAUGUAGUUUUUGCAAAUCGACCAGACAGUAACACCCCCAUGGAAGAAAUUGUUCGAGCCAUGACACAUGUGAUAAAUCAAGGAAUGGCAAUGUACUGGGGAACCUCCCGCUGGAGUGCCAUGGAGAUCAUGGAAGCCUACUCUGUAGCCAGACAAUUCAAUAUGAUCCCACCAGUCUGUGAACAAGCUGAGUAUCAUCUUUUCCAGAGAGAGAAAGUAGAAGUUCAGCUACCAGAGCUCUACCAUAAAAUAGGAGUUGGAGCAAUGACAUGGUCUCCACUGGCCUGUGGAAUCAUCUCAGGAAAAUAUGGAAACGGCGUGCCUGAAAGUUCCAGGGCUUCAUUGAAGUGCUACCAGUGGUUGAAGGAAAGGAUUAUAAGUGAAGAAGGGAGAAAACAGCAAAACAAGCUGAAAGACCUUCUCCCAAUUGCAGAGCGUCUAGGAUGCACGCUACCCCAGCUAGCUGUUGCAUGGUGCCUGAGAAAUGAGGGUGUAAGUUCCGUGCUCCUGGGAUCAUCCACUCCUGAACAACUCAUUGAAAACCUCGGUGCCAUUCAGGUUCUCCCAAAGAUGACAUCACAUGUUGUAAAUGAGAUUGAUAACAUACUGCGCAACAAGCCCUACAGCAAGAAGGACUAUAGAUCAUAAGGCAAUGCAUGAGCCUCAGGAGCUGCAUGGGUAAAUCAGCGGUCUAUACAGGUACAGAGCGAUGUUACCAGCCAGUCUUUUGAGUCACUUAGCAGCCCACUGCUUAACCUCUAGUGUCCUCGGAUUCUGAGGUGUCUGCUGUCGCUACCACUGUGCACCUGACUUAUGAGCACAUCUGAAAACUCACAACCAAGAAAAUCCAUUAUAUUUUCUUAUCUUGGACUGGAGUCACCUAUUUUUACAUUGUUCUGUACACCCCAUGUUUAUGCAAAGGAAAGUUUAUGGCGGGGGGGGGAGACAUUACCUUCAGGUAUUUAGUAACUUAAGGCUGUACAGAUACAUUUUUUCAAAUGAAUAAAAUCCAGAGGCAGUGUGGAUUGCCUCAGAAAGAGUAGGCUAUGUUCCCACAGAAGUCUUGCUUGGGAGAACUGGCUGAAACAAUUUUACAUUUUUUUUUCUAUUUUCACAUUCAUGUUAGCAAGAGUUAUUUCACUUGUAAUUCAACAAAAUUCCUAGGUAUUUGCUUUCAUUACCUUUUAAAUAUUCAGUGUUGCUUGGCCUCAAAAACGGCCCCCUGUACCAAUUUAUCCAAGGUGUCUAUUAGGAUUCUAAUAACAUUAUGUCCAUUUGCAUGGAGAGAUAGAUGGUAAAAGGAUGAACAUCCAAUCUUUAACUGGAGACAGUAUGGUUAAUUUAUGAAAGGGAGAAUUACACUGCUAUGAAAGCUUAGCUUUGAAUAAAAUGUAUCUGCAAUGAAGUGUUCAUUUUUUUCUACAUUUUAUUAAAACCUGCUUUAUACUUUUGACUGCUUAUAGGCACAGCUUCUGAGAGUUUAAAUAUUUGAGCUUUAAAAAUAAAUAUACACAUGCUCAGUUUUGUAAGUAAACCUGUAAAAUACCCAGAAAAGCAAACGUGUUGUUUAAUUAGCACUAGGAUUUUACAGUAUGAUGCUUGGUGUUUUUGAGGAGUUAUUAACAUGAAAGUGAAUCACAGGCUUUGCGGAAAAUGCUGUUACUACUCAGCAUAGGCUGGGUGAAGUAACUUGCCCAAAAAGCAAAUAUUAAAGAACUUCCUGAUUCUAGAAUCACAUUACGUGCAUUAAACUAUAUGCAUGAAAGUUCUCUGCAUGGAUUAAUAGGGACUAAUCUUGUGGCACUCAGCUGAGGUCUAUCCAGGCCUGCCACUAUUGGCUACCUACCCUCAUGAAUAUUCCACUUUAAAAAAACUUGAGAGUCUACCAUAUGUACCUGUAAGAAAGGAGAAAACUUUUCCCCCCAUUUUUAAGGUGUGUGUUGAGGGGGGAGAGCUCUGUAUUUCUGUUUGGACACAGUGUAAUUUAAUUUUCUGGCCAGCAGGUCCCCCAUGUAGAUAUCACUUUGAGACUUAGAGUAUAUACUCUUAGCUUAAAAUGUUAUUUUCUGCCAUCAUUUCCAGAUAUGUUCUUCACUGUUAAGUUCUAAAUCUUAAAAUGUUAGUAUGGAAUACCAACAAUUUUCUUUUUGAUUACUAUUAUAUGUAUUCUAAUAGGAAAAUAGUGUGGGUUUUUUUGCCCAAGAGCAUCAGGUUAUUGAUGGAAAUGGAUCAUUUUUUCAAUUGUUCAUAGUGUGUUCAAUCAAUCCAGUGAACUACCAUAUGCAUAAAUGAGUGAAGCUGUCUAAUUGGAACUGCAAUUAUUUAUCUGCUUAGAGUAAUAAAAGUAUUUGUGCAUUUCAUCUCUGAAUUAGAAUUUUUAUCUAAUCUCUCAUUAUAAGGAUACACAUAUAUUUUUUAACUGCCUGUUUUAUAUAUAUAUAUAAAUAAAUAUAUACAUAUAAAACAGGCAGUUAAAAAUCAUCUACAUAAAAAUGUUGGCAAGUAAGCUGCAGUGAAUGAUACCUAACAGAAAUAGCUUCACCAAAAGAUUUAAACUGCAAUCCAAACUAUUUUUCUCUUACUAACGGAAAAAGGAUUAGCUACUAAAGAUAUUUCUUAGAUUUUAGAAAUAUUCUGUACUAAAGUUAAAGCUUCUCAAGCUCAUUUAAAAGAGACUGAAAAUUAAAAUCAAGUAAAAAAAUGCAAACAUUAUUACUUGGCUAUUGGAACAGCAACUUUUAUACACAAAUCAUCUGCCAUGCUAAAUAUAAUAUAUAAAUACAUUUCACAGUUAUAUCCUUAAGAAAAACUUCCAUGCACUCUCAUUUUCUUUUCUUUUCUGGAAAGACUUCCUUGGCAGAGAACAUACCAUUCCAAAGGGUAACCUGAGUGGCACCAGCCACAUAAUGAAGCCUCAGCCAAGAGAAAUGAAAACUAGAAGCCCUGUGCCUGGCUUCCCACUUAAAACAACUGUCAGUUCAUCUUCAUCUGUAGUGUGUGCCAAAGGUCACCAGAUAGAUGUCAGGGCUUCAAGGGGCCUUUAGCCAUCUUUGAAGCCACCCUCCUCUGUGCGAAAUGAGGAAACCAGGCUUAAAGAGAGAAAAGGACUCGCCCAAACUCACAUUGCAAGCUGAUGGCAGAACCAGGCUUAAAACCAGGUAUUUUGUGUUCCAGUCCAAUGCUCUUUUAGGGAUGACUUUCUUUUUUAGCUUUAAAGCUUUAUCAACAAGUGUGUGUGUGAUUUUUUAAGUCAAAAAAGCUUGAAUAUGAAGCCAAAUUGAAUGUCAGUUAAGAAGGAAAGACCAAAGAAAUGCAAUGAAAAUUCAUGCAGGCCACUGAGUUCACCUCUACCACCUCAAUGAAAAUCAAACCAACCACUCCAAAGACCCUUCUAAUCUUCAUUGACUCCCCUUACUUGGGAGUCCAAGGAGGUAAGAGAUAGCCCUUACAGCCCAAAUAUAUGUGUCUGUAGACUGGCUUUCUCUCUGUAUGUACAUGUCUACACAUAGCCUUCCUUUGUGUCUCUGAAAACAGCAGUGACUGGCACACACACUGCAAACAGAAACUAGGUGGGCAGGACAGCACAGCAAGCACAUAUUGGCAAAGAGGCCUGACAUUCUGCUCUGUAACAUAAUUGCACUGUGCCUGCCACACAAAUAUUUGAUCGGUUACUACAGAAAUGUGCAUUUACAUGUGUGGGAAAUUAAAAUGAUGGUUAAUGUAAAAUAAUGUAAUAAAGAUGAUAUACUUAAUCAGAUGGUUCUCAUAAAGAAGUCUAACAAAAACAUAAAUUUUACAAAGCAAAGUGUAAUGAUCUUAACAAGCAAGACCUUGCAAAAAAAUUUUCGGUAUAAAUCCAAUCUCCAUUUUCCAGUUAACUUCAAACCUUGUUUCAAAUUAUUCUAUCCAUGUUAGAAUAAUAUACCAAAUAAGUCAACCAGUAAAUCUUUAACGGCUAAAAAUAAUUUCAACCCAAGAUUUUCAUUAAGUUAUAAAUGAAAAAAAUAGAAAUAGGGAAAUGUAAAAUGUUCCAACACUUAUCACAAGGGAAGUAAAAACAGGAAUUUAAUCACUUAGGAUCCCAAUUAUAGCAGAACCCCUUUUAUUUUACUGGUGUUGGAAAUAGGAUAUUUUUAAGCUAAAAAUUCACAGCAGGCUUUUCUAACUAUACCAGAUCCAGCACAUCAUAAUUCUAUGUGCCACAUAGCCGUCUAGGUGAUGAGGAGAGUACUGAGAAAAAGGCUCUACAAUUCCCAAGAGUGAGGUAUUGGUACAGUAAAUCCUUAAUGAAAACCGCAGAAUCCUGAGUACAUGUCUUUUAAACAUAUGCACAGAAAUUUACCUAAUGGUACCGAAAGUUAGAAACCAUUAUUAGGAUUAAAAACAAAGUGCUGUAGGAAAAACUCAGGAUCCAAACCAAAUUUUGCUUCCUCAUUGCUCUAUACAUUAUUCAGUUUAUUAAUUCAAGAAAUGCUCUAUUAAGAAUAUUAUGCUAAUUCCUCUAGUUCAUCACCCCAUCUCAGCUGUACUGUAUUAUAAUAAUGGUGGCAGUUUUUCCCCCAUCUAUUACAGGCACUGCAAUCUACUAGUGACAGCUUUUUACCUGCAAGUUAAAAAUUACAGGUUAAAAAACUACUUGAUCCAGCUCUGGUAACAAGUAGUAGACACUGAUGGUUUGUCAAACAGUCAUUCUGUUAAAAAGGCAAAUGCAUUUGGUAUAAAUGCCAUGCCACCAAACUACUGUCCAGUUAUUAAUCAACAGGAAAAAAAAAAA